GGCUUUUUUGAUACAAUCCCGUCGUUCGAUUGGAAAAUUGGUCCUCUGGAAGGCGGGAUUGUGAAGCUCUUCGUUGGUAUAGCUGCGAUCGGAGAUUAUCAUGGCGACGGUACCUUUGAGGGAUCGGCUGAGCUUCUUGAGUCGGCUACCCACUCUGAUCAAAAGCACCUCAGAUGAUGAAAUCCCAUGUCCAGGAUACUUGUUUGAAGAAAUUGCCAAGAUCUCUCAUGAUUCUGCAGGAAGCAGUCAUUGUCUCCUGGAGUAUCUCCUCAACCGCCUUCAGAACAACUCCUGCCAUGUCAAGUUGAAGGUGCUCAAGAUCUUGCUGUACAUGUGCACUCAUGGCUCCUCACACUUCCUUCUGCAACUCAAGCGGAAUUCUUCUUUCAUCCAGGAAGCCACAGUGUUCUCCGGGCCUCCUGAUCCUCUCCAUGGCAACUGUUUGUAUCAGAAGGUACGGAUGACUGCACAGGACCUGGCAAGCACUCUAUUUUCAGAUGCCUUGUUGCCUCAGCCUGCUGCUCAGCCACCAAAAGAGCUGCCUUCAACUGGAAUGGGCUCCAGGUCCAGCCCCAACAGCUGCCUCCAAGGCUUUGGUUUUGAAAGAACCAGCUCCACAUCCACAAGCAAAGGUCUACUGGCUACCAUCCAGAAGGCGGCUGAGGUGGUUGCUAGUGCCAUGCUCCCUGGUCAUGAGCUUGCCAGCCCCCUGGGUCGGGAGCUAAAGGAAGAUGCAUAUGAACCGGUGAUAGCACCCUCUCCUGGCAAAAACUGUGUGGUGCCUAUAAUGCUGCCUCCUGUUGUAGCUCAGAAUAUGCGAGUGAACCAUCAACCAGGGCAAGCAGGAGGGGGCUGGGAGGAGUUGGAUAGUGGACAAAGCUCCUUUCAGGAAAACAGUGAGCAUAGCAGGAUGUCAGAUUCCUACAGCAAGUCAAGCAGUGACAAUCACUCAUAUGCUCUGGAACCAGGGAAUGUUGCUGAAAGGAUGGAAGCAGAAAACCUUGGUGAUUGCCUGCAGGAAGUGAGCCUUGUCAGCAGCCUCACUCAGGGCUCCAAAGUCUUCCUGACUCGUGAGGAGAUGCAGUACUUUCUCAAGGAGUGUGGGCGAUUGAAUUGUGAGGUGGUCUUGGCUAUGCUCAACCAAACCCUGAAGGACCCCAGUGAGUGCAUCCGCAUGAGGGCCAUGUGUGCCAUCUAUUCCCUCAUGUGUUCUGACCUAUUCUCCCAUGAUCAGAUAUUUGCCAUUACCCAGCAACACUUGCAGGAUCUCAGUCAAGAGUGCCCUGGUCCUGUAGCCAACAAAGCAACAAAGAUCUUGCGUCACUUUGAAGCACUGUGCAGGAGCCAUCCCACAUUCAAGAACUCUCCCCCAGCUGCCAACCUCUUUGUCCCUAACAGGACCCCAGCCAAGCAUCCUGAUGAUCUGCUGACUGAUACGAUGCUUUUUGCAGGAGAGACUGUACUCGAGCCUACAAGCCUUUCACCACUACCCUCCGAAGCAUCUAAUGCUCUUGCAAGUGUUAUUCGCCUUUCAGAAGGACUGAUGCCAGAAUCUGGGUCCUGGAACCAGCUAGACGACUUGCCACCUACCCUGCACCAGGAGCUGGCAGAAUGUAGACUUUCAGUCCCUAAACCCCAAGAGGACAGGCCUCCAAGGGGGGAUCCAGAUGGUACAGUUUCACUGUUCGCUGGCAUGGAGUUGGUAGCACCUUCAAGCAUGAUGUUGGCUGAUGUGACCAAGCCAGAAUGUAUUUCUUCAUCUUCCCGGACAGCAUCUUGCACUGGGAACGUUAGAGACAGUGAGGAUGGCCAAGAGUCAUCUGCAUUCCCCUUUCUCAAUGUGUAGUGGAUCUUGCUUUAGAUUCAACUGUGGGGCAACUGGCAUGCCUUGUUUUUUGCUCCCUACAUGUUAUGCAUAAGAGUCUA